AUAGCAACUAAUUUUCUCCACGUCAUGAAUCUAUACCCGGGAAGAAACAAGAUUACAAUAUACUUGAGAAAGUGGAUGACCUAUUUAUCUCAAGAGUAAAACUGGGUAAUUGUUUAGAAAACGAAGGGGUUGUUCCCUUGAAUAAUAAGAUAUUCAAUCCCAAAACGAUGAAUCACAUAAUAACCUAUUAUCAUUUUCCCCUAAGUCCACCGUCUAGGGCAGGCUUGCUUUUUGUUCGUGCAUUGGGAAUAAAGCAUAAUUUGAAGAUCUUGAAUCUAUCGAAUGGUGAACAAAACUCUCCUGAAUUUUUAAAAAUUAAUCCAUUUCAUACAGUACCAGCAAUAGAUGAUAACGGAUUUUAUGUCUAUGACAGCUCUAUCAUCAUGAAAUAUUUGUCGAAGCAGUAUGCGAAGGAUGAUAGCUUGUUUCCUAACGAUCCAAAAAAGAGUACCUUGGUAGAAGAACGUCUUUAUUUUUCUACGAAUUAUAUGUUCCAGGCCUUUAGGGAAUAUAUUAUUCCUGUAAUGUUCAGAAACGACCAACCAAGUGCAGAAAAGGCUAAAGAAUUCGAUCAAUCUCUACGUCAGUUGAACGAUUUUCUAGAGAAUGAAGAAUGGAUAGCUGGAAAACAUAUGACAAUUGCUGAUUUUUCUAUUAUAACAAUUGUAUCAACAGCUGAGACAAUAAUGUUCGACUUGAAUAAAUAUGCCAAUAUUUGUGCAUGGUAUAAAAAGGCUAAAGAAGCUAUGGCUUCUUUUGGAUACGAGGAGGUAAACCAGAGUGGGGCCGAUCAGUUUGGAGAGGUCUUCAAAACGAAGUUGAAACAGUUCGUUUGAGAGCAUACACAUAAAAUACACACAUUACACACUAUAAAAUACUGAAGCUUCAUAAGCCUUCGUUUAUUUCAUAAAUCAAUAAAAUAAAUGAUAAUAAAAAUAAAUUAUUCCAGCGAAAAUAAGUUGUGAAAUACCCACUUUCGUGUUUUCUUCAUAAAACUGAUGGAAAAGUAGGAAAGUAGUGUUAUGGUUUUUUUAAUUAAAAUUCCCAUUUACUCAUAAUAUUUUCUUGAAAUUGAAAGAUAUCGAAAUUUUAUAGAAUAAUCAAUAAAAAUUCAAAUCAUGUCUUGAUUUUCAAAAUGAUGUGAUUAUUUUAACG